AUGACGAUGGUUGUCACUAGCCCAUAUCUCUGUAAAAUCGAUCGAUUGCCUAUUGGAGUUCUCGCUUUCGAACGAGCAAUGUGCUUCAUUUAUGAUCGCCCGACUCAUUCAAUUAUGCUUCUCGACACUCAUAUGCAUUUCAAGGGAAGAGCUGGAAGUGUUCUCUGUCAAUUCAAAAUCACUUAUUUGAUGAAUAAAGUACACAAAGGAAACAUUUUUGUGCCAAUGAAGUCGAGCAUGUCGAGAGUUCAUUCUGCGAGACCGUUGAGACCAAUUCGGAUAAAAGCAAAAAAAAUGGUUUGUGUUGGACACGAGAAUGAGGACGAAGACAGUGGAUACGAAAGUUCUAGUUGA